CGCUAAAAUCAAUGCGAAAUAAUCCGCGGAAAAGAGGAGAAAAACGGCAUUUUUGGUGUCCAGAAUUUCUCUCCUGUGGGUAUAAAAUUCUGACCGAACGUUAGAGGCGACAGCUCAUUAGGGCUGGGUCGGGAAUAGUGCAGGAUUGGGAUAUUAGGUGCAAAGUUUUGGGGAACGCGUAGGGUGUGAUGAGUCCGUGCGUGCAGAAGUACAAAACAAGUACUCCUCAGUUCCAACAUUUGGGGAGUGAAUCCUCAAUUUUUGUGGCGUUGUAGAAAUCCAGAAAUCUUCCCAAAUUGACAGAAAGUUGUGAGAAGUUGGCGGGAGCGGCGGUAUGGACCUGAGCAGUCUGCAGGAGCAGCUGAAAGUCGAAAUCCAAAGUCAUCAGGUACUCGUGAGUCAGAUGAAGAAAGAUCCACAGAAUGCAGAGUUGCAGAAAAGGCUACACGAACUUCAAGCAAGGAUAACAUUAUUGAGUGAAAAACAAAAAAAAGUUGUUCAGCAACUCAGGAAGGAGCUGGUCAAACAGGAGCCAUCGGCAGAAGUGCAGAAACCCAGCCCCAGGUCUAACUAACCCAUGAUGACCAUGUA